UGCCUUUACGAAAGCCGUGCCAAACUUACGAGCUCUCUGAACGCGCCUCGCCGUCUCUUACCCUCCGUUUAUUCGGGAGGCGGGGAGGGGGGGGCAACUUCAUCCAGAAGUUGUAAAAGAAACUGUUUGGACAUCUGACAGACGGCUGCGAAAACUUUGAAAAGACUACUAAUAACGCGUAGAAAUCCAGCUGCGCGGCUGAAGUUCCAGCAGCGGUCCGGGAGGAGGAGUCAACAGGUCCCAGCUUAGGAGCUGCAGUUGAUUCAAAGGGAGAUUUCCUCGGCCAACGACAGGAAGAUUGACGUUUUUGGGUUUUUUCUCAGGCAGAGGCUUUGUAACCACAGAAAGGGGGCCCGUCAAGGAGAGCAACCCUCUUGGCAACAUGUGAUCUGUACAUUCCCUUGGAUUGCUCUACAGUGGAGGAGUGAAUGUGCACGCCCGUGAAAGCAUCCCCGCCACUAGCACCCCCCCCAACGCCGCUAUCGCUGCUCCUGACUUCUGCCAUCAAAGUCUCAUCUUCAUGACUCAACUUGCCUCCUGCCUCUCUCUCCCCCUCCUUCGCCAAGAUAAGGAAGGGCUGUGUUACUCUUCUUUACCUCCAACGCCUCUUGCAAAUAAGGCCUUUGAACUUGUUUAACAAUACCAGAGAAAGGAGGGAUAAAGGACCCUGUAGUUUGCUUUUAUACUUCAACCGUGCACCUUUUUUUUUGGGUCUUUUUGUUGUUCUUAGUAACCUGACCUUCAACACAUACGUUUACUGAACCAAAAGGAUUUUUGCCCUGGAACAUCUACAACAACAGUUUCCUGGAGAUUUGUUUUAUCUUUUUUUUUCCCUUUUUCUUUUUGUUUUUAAGCCACAUUUUUCCUGGCAGUCUCUUGGAAUAUCUACUCAACCAUCAUCCCUAUGGGGGAUUAAAUCAUUACAGGAUUCAAGGACCUCUUUUUUUGGCUCUGUCACAUCUUUCUUUUCUUUUCUUUUUUUUUUUUGGUGAGUGCUGAUUGUGAUUGGAGGUGGACUGAGCCAUCAUGGCUGGGAAGGGCCACCCGGUACCGGGCAGCCACUUAAACGGCUUCCCCGUACCCACCUACCCCUACUUCUUCCCCCACAUGUUGGGGAGCUUGUCGCCUCCAGCCCUGCCAGGACUGUCCAUCAGUGGCUACAGCACCCCCUCUCCAGCCACAAUAGAGACCCAGAGUACCAGCUCAGAGGAGAUAGUGCCAAGCCCGCCCUCACCUCCCCCGCCGCCCCGCGUCUACAAGCCCUGCUUUGUGUGCCAGGACAAGUCCUCAGGGUACCACUAUGGUGUCAGCGCCUGUGAAGGCUGCAAGGGCUUCUUUCGGAGAAGUAUCCAGAAGAACAUGGUGUACACGUGUCACCGGGAGAAGAACUGCAUCAUCAACAAAGUCACCCGCAAUCGCUGCCAGUACUGUCGGUUACAGAAGUGCUUGGAAGUUGGGAUGUCCAAGGAGUCGGUUAGGAAUGACCGGAACAAGAAGAAGAAGGACGACAAGAAGCAGGAGUGUACGGAGAGCUACGUACUGAGUCCCGAUACGGAGCAGAUGAUCGACAGAGUUCGCAAGGCGCACCAGGACACUUUCCCCUCUCUCUGCCAGUUGGGCAAAUACACUACGACGAACAGCUCGGAACGACGUGUAUCCUUGGACGUAGACCUGUGGGACAAGUUCAGCGAGCUCUCCACCAAGUGCAUCAUAAAGACGGUGGAGUUUGCUAAGCAGCUGCCGGGUUUCACUACGCUUAGCAUCGCCGAUCAGAUCACCCUGCUCAAAGCCGCCUGUCUGGACAUCCUGAUACUGCGGAUCUGUACGCGCUACACACCAGAGCAAGACACCAUGACUUUCUCAGAUGGACUCACGCUAAACCGAACCCAGAUGCACAACGCUGGCUUCGGCCCCCUCACCGACUUGGUUUUUGCCUUUGCCAACCAGCUCCUUCCUCUGGAGAUGGAUGAUGCAGAGACGGGGCUGCUCAGCGCCAUCUGUUUGCUGUGUGGAGAUCGACAGGAUUUGGAAGAGGCGGAUAAGGUAGACGUCCUGCAGGAGCCCCUUCUGGAGGCGCUGAAGAUUUACGUUAGGAAGAGGAGACCCCACAAACCACAUAUGUUCCCCAAAAUGCUGAUGAAGAUUACAGACCUGAGGAGCAUCAGUGCUAAAGGAGCUGAACGUGUCAUCACGCUGAAGAUGGAGAUUCCCGGCUCGAUGCCACCGCUCAUCCAGGAGAUGCUGGAGAACUCUGAAGGUCUGGAAAGCGGGACCGUGAGCUCGCGGCCCAGCGGCGCCCCCCCUGGCAGCUGCAGUCCCAGUCUCUCCCCCAGCUCUGCCCAAAGCAGCCCAGCCACACAAUCGCCGUAGUCGCGGCUCAAUUUUCAAUAUCGUUUCCCUCCCCCCUAUUGUUGUUCUCAGUCUCCUCCCUCCGAUGUUCUGAUCGGGGGGGAGGGGGUUGGGUGAGGGGCAAAGGAGGUGGACCCUGACCCUGACUGCUGAACACAAGAGAUUGGCAGAGCCAACCUCCUCCUCUCCUACAACACGCGUCCCCAUCUCCUGAUGUGCUCACCCCUCACUGUGGGUCCAGAGGUGAGGGGAGGGGAGGCCGGAGCCGGCCCGGGUGGCAGGACGCCCCCCGAGAUACCGCACCGUAAACACUGCUGAUGACUCUCCCUCCACCUCCCUCCACCGCUGCUCCUCCCCUCUCCACCUUUCUCAAAAGGACCGAUGGAAGCGAAACUGGAUGCAGAAAAAGACCAGUUUUGGAUGAAACCGAGAGGGUGGACGUGGCACAAUGGGACAAAUGAAUGGACAAAGACGUUAAAUAAAGACUGACUUGACAAACACCCGACACUUUUUUUGUAGUUGUUGUACUCUGAGGCAGACUGCAACUUUGGGAUUUGUCAGAAGACCCCACUCCUCAAAGACUUUGGGUCUUUUCUCUUUUUCCAAUUUAAAAAGAAAAAAAAACAGAUUUCAUACAAAAGAUAUAUAAAUAUAUAUAGAAAAAUUAAGGAACUAUUGUGUUUGGCAUGUCCAGAGCAGAAUUUCAGGUUGAAAUGAGGACAUGUUUACUGAGCUGAGAUUAGAAAUUGUUGUACUCCUUCACCGUUUGAAUCUUUUCAUACCUCUCAAGUGUAAAAAGAGAGAGAUGUUUCAGUUUCACAUUUGUAUAUUAUCUAAUUAACAAAAAGCAAAAGAUGUUGAAAUUACUCUUAAUUCUACACAUGAAAACUCACACCAAAAUGUGCACAAAAAAACUUUUAAGAUCACUAUUCCAGAUUGGAUCUGUUUGCCUUUUUUGUUUCAUUUUCUUUUUCUUUUUUUUUUUUCUUUUUUUUUUCCUUCCAAGAGAAUGAUAAAAUUGAUUGUAUGAACUUGGUUGUAUGUUACGGUCACAGGUCCUUUCAAGAAAUCAAUUUAAUGAAUAUUCAUUAUUAAGGUGUAUUUUAAGUGGCCUUUGAGUUUGUGUAUAUAAGCUGUAUUCAUUUCUUUAAAACUAUGAAGAGUUUUACGCUUCACCGGAUAUUUUUUUUUUUAACCUCUUAUGUGUUUUGUUAAUAGGUUUGUGAUUCAAGAAAAUACAUUUUGAGCACAUUAUACUGAAGGAAGUUCUUUCAUGUUUUGUGUCCUACUUGUGGACAGACAUUUCACCAAUCACUGGCUGUUCAGAAUGUGGCUUUCACAAAGAAUUGAAACCUCUGCCCCCUUUCUUUUUUUAAAACCAUGUCUGUAUGUACAGUAGAUUAAAAGAAAAAAAAGUA